AGCGUGCGUGACGCAACUGAAGCUGUUCUGUUGAUUUCCCCUCCCCCCUCCGUGGGCUGUUCCGCUUCCAUCACUCACCUCCCCCCGAUUAUAGCUGUUUCUCCUAUCUACGAGCAGGCGACUAACAUGGAUAUUGUAAAUCAGUUGGUUGCCAAUGGGCAGUUCAGGGUGCUCAAAGUCCCAUUAGGCUUCAUCAAGGUCUUAGAAUGGGUGUUUGCCAUCUUUGCGUUCUCCACCUGUGGGAGUUACUCCGGCUCCUUCAGGAUGAGUGUGGAGUGCAAAAACAGAUCAGACAGUGACCUAAAAAUAGAUGUGGAUUUUGAGUAUCCCUUCAGGCUUCAUCAAGUGUAUUUUGAUGCCCCUGCCUGCAAGAAUGGCCAGACUGACCGUUUCUUCCUGGUUGGGGACUACUCAUCCUCAGCAGAGUUCUUCGUCACCAUAGCCGUUUUUGCAUUCCUGUAUUCCAUGGCAGCUCUCAGCAUCUACGUCUUUGCCUUUGAGAAGUACCGCGAGAACAAUAAAGGACCACUGAUUGAUUUUGGCGUGACAUGUGUAUUCACCUUCAUGUGGCUGGUGAGCUCGGCAGCAUGGGCGAAGGGUUUGUCUGAUGUCAAGACAGCUACAGACCCAGAGAAGGUUCUAGAUCUGGUCCCCACUUGUGAACAGGAAGGAAACCGCUGUCGUGAAGUUCACGACCCCGUCAUGUCUGGUCUUAAUACUUCCGUGGUCUUUGGCUUCCUCAACCUGAUCUUGUGGACGGGUAACCUGUGGUUUGUGUUCAAGGAGACCGGCAUCGUCGCACCAUUUAUGCGCCAACAGCCCGCCCAGGAGAAGCAGCCCGCCCCUGAUUCCUACGGGCAGGGAGGAUAUGGGCAGCGAGACCCAUACGCCAGCUCCCAGGGAGGCUACCAGCCCGAUUACAGCCAGCAAGGCUACAACCAAGGAGGAGACUACGGUCAGGGCGGAUAUGACCAGCAGGGGGCACCCACCUCCUUUUCCAACCAGAUGUGAGCAAAGAAAUCUCUGAGGAAGCGGGAGAUGGCUG